AUGAACUUUAUUAAUUCUUCUUACUUCUUUGCGGAGAAGGCAGGAAAGGACAUCCACUUCAACGGCAACAGCAAGACAGAGUGGAUCAGUAAAAAUGAGUGCCAUUUGAGUUACAAUUUUUAUGAAUUUCUUGUUACACACACAGAGCCACUUGAGUGCUACCCACAGUAUCCAUACAUAAAGUACAGCGCACCAGUGCCAGAACAAAUCACUCCAGUCUCCAUCAACUACCAGAAAAUUGCUUAUGACGACAAAACAGACUACACGAACAAAGUCACGCCAACAGCUGAGGAAGAUCCAUAUCCAACACCAAUUGUCACUCCUAAACCGAUCUCUAUAGACAAUUUUGGUAAAUUUGAGAAAAUCUCUUUUCCUCCCUCGAGAACACCUGUUCGUACUGAAGUUUCAUAUGACCAACCAAAGACAUCUUAUGUUUCCUACACUGUGUCCUUUAUUUCCACAACUUUGAUCACUAAAACUGUUACGAACUCUUUCACAAUGACAACAAGACAAGAGGACAUAGCAAUUAUCGUCUUCCACACAGAAGUUGAAGUGGAGACACUUUUGCCAAUAAACACUGUCAUUGAGACGAAUAUUGGCAUUUUUGUGGAUGAGACAGAGUCUAAACGCGCUCGCAAGUCCAACAUUGGACUGAUUUGCGGCAUUGCAGCUGCAGCCUUCCUUUUGGUUGUCAUUGGAAUUGUUUUGGUUUUGAUUUAUUUGAAGAGGAAGAAUGAUGAUGUUGACACUACUUCGUCUUCUUCUGGUCAGUUCAUAGAAUCUGGAGCAAUCGAACUCCACCAAAUUCAAAGCCAAACCUCGUGUACAGUGGAUAACCCAUUAUUUACUACAACUAUUGAUGAGGAUGAUCCGUUUAAGAUGGAUUUCUCUUCUUCUGAAGAAGGUGGAUAUUUCAUUCACACAACAGGUACUGAAACUCAAACUUACGAAUAA